AUGUCCACAGAGUCGAACUCACGAAUACUUUUCAUCUCGCUGAAUCCCCACCCUGGAUUCUAUCGGAAGUACAGAUAUCUGGUGUCUCGGGUACUUCAGGUUGCCUCUCUCGAGCAAACCAACAAACCGAUUCCUGCUAUGCGUGCGCUUGGGGAGAACCCCAAAGCUGUGAUCAUUACUGACGACGCCCUUGCAACACCAAGAUACUCAACCGUGUGGAGUGCCGUUAUUCGUUACAUGCGAAAUGGAGGAACCGCAAUUUGCAUGGGAGACUUCAGCUGUCGACUUCGGGCAGAACAUUUUCGUACGUUCUUCUCAAGGGCCGGUCUUGCUUGGGAGUACGAUACAUUCGACCUCUUUCAGUCCAACCUGAACUCUGAUUUUCUUCCCAAGGAAAUCACUGAUCUUCUGCCCGCCACGCACUUUGCAAAAGCGGUCCAUUUGACGAAUGUCGGAGAUGCUGCCUGGUAUCGUCUGCAGCAUAUCAUUAAGCGCAAGCAGGAGCAUGACGAGGACGCAAUGUCUGAUGAGCAACCGCCGGCUUGGACUGUUCUUAAGGAUUCGACUCCUGUCGCGAUGGCACAAGUUGAGAACGGUUAUAUGGGAUUCGUGGGCGACGCCAACCCCUCGGAGGAAUCCAAUCUGGUUAUUAUCGCGAUGUGUGGACUCUAUCUCUGA